UUUCUCAAGAGCCUCUACUUUAGCGGCAUUAAAGCAAGACACCACAAAAUCGAUCGAGCACACUCGACAACCUUCCAAUGGAUAUUCGAUUCAAGCAAGAACUCGGAAAUUCGCUUCAACGAUUGGCUUCGUGGGGAUAGUGGCAUUUUCUUCGUGCACGGCAAACCCGGAUCUGGCAAGUCAACCCUCAUGAAGUAUAUUUUUCAUGCGCCGGAAACCAGAGAACAGCUAAAGGAAUGGGCGGGGGAAAAGAAACUGGUGAUGGCACAGUACUUCUUUUGGAACGCCGGUUCGACACUUCAAAAGUCGCAAGAGGGCCUAUUACGCUCACUCUUGUUCGAGAUCCUCUGCAAAUGUCGCGACUUUAUUCCACUUGUAAAACAAAGUAUUGGAGACAUCGAGGACUUUGAGAGUGACGAGGAUCGGUGGUCCAAAGACCAGCUUCUCCGAACCUACAGGGUCUUGGUGGAUACAGACUUGUCAACACGAUUCUGCUUCUUUAUUGAUGGACUAGACGAGUAUUACGACAGCAAUCGAAAACCCGAGGAGCUGAUCCAUACCCUGCGGAGUAUUCAGGCUACUCGUGACAUCAAACUCUGCGUUUCCAGUCGACCCUGGCCAGCAUUCAUGGAUUCCUUCACCAAGACCGAGUGGGUUCUGAAAGUCGAAGAUCUCACCAGCGACGACAUUAUUCAAUACGUGACGGACAAAUUUAACGAGGAGGAGCAAUACCGAGAGUUAAGCAAGGCAAAUUCCGAGUAUGCCGACGUGGUUCAGCAGGUCGCAACUCACGCCAAGGGCGUAUUUCUUUGGGUGAUCCUGGUAGUGCGCAAUUUGGUGGAGGGUUUCCGGAACAAGGACGCGGUUCGGCUGAUUAGAGACCGCCUCGAAAAUUUCCCUAAAGACCUCCAGAAAUUCUUCGAGCACAUGCUGAACUCGAUUCCGGACAUCUAUCGCAAGCUCACGGCGCGGACCUUUCAGACUGCAGCGUCUUCCCAGAGACCACUACUCCUCUUGCUUUAUUCAUUUCUCGACGAGAUGGAAGCAGACACGAACUCGCUGCACCAGUUGAUUCGAAAACCGUUCAACCUCUCGGAAAUCCAGUCGAGACAGGAUCAAAUGCGGCGACAACUGUACGGGAGGAGCCAAGGACUCCUUGAGGUAGUGUCGGACGAAGACGAGACGAAACCAUUCUUUCAGUUGAGGGUCGACUUCCUCCAUCGAACUGUACGGGACUUCUUGCUGGACCUGACAAGUGGAGACGACAUUUUCGAACAGAGUCUC